AUGAAACGAGUAUGGAAUCCGAAACAUGGAUUGGAGGCAAAUAACAUUGAGAAAAAUUUGUUCUUCUUCCAGUUUCACCAUUGGAGGGACAAGGCUUUUGUGAUGGAAUCCCAACCGUGGCACUUUGACCACCAUGCCCUAAUUCUUGCAGAUGUCCAGGGAGAUAAGAGACCUUCGGAGCUUCCCUUGUACCAUGUGCCUCUAUGGGCUAGGGUUUAUGAUCUGCCGAUGCGGGGCAGGAACAAUGAACAAAACGCGAAGGCCCUAGGAAACAAGAUUGGAGUUUAUUUGAGCAUGGAUAGAACUGAUGUUAUUGGGAUAAACAAAUCCUUGCGGAUUAGGGUUUUUCUUGAUGCCCGCAAGCCAAUACCGAAAACUAUCAACAUGAAGAUGAAGGGAGGAACGACAGAGGUGCCCGUUAAAUUUGAGAAGCUCCCCAUAUAUUUCUAUGUAUGUGGAAGAUUAGGACAUGGGGAGAAGGAUUGUGACGAGAAUGCAGGAGAUACGGAGGUAGAACGUAAAUAUGAUGAACGUCUACGGGCAUCGCCGUGGAAGGCAAACAAAGGAACUUUUGAGUUACAUAAUGAAACAAAGAACGCAAGAGCUCAAGCACUCUUUGUUACCAGGAAAGUUCAAAAGGAGAGUGAGGGGACAACAAAGCACAUUUCAGAGGUGGUGGAGAAGCUACAGGAGGUAUCAUUGACUCUAUCAACUAGGGAUAAUGAUCAAGGUGAAGGGCACCAGGAGGAGUUGGGAGAAAAGCCCCAACAUGUAGCUGAACUGUGUGAUAAGGAGGUCCAUAAAUCAGGUGAGGAAAGCAGGAAGGAGAAGCAAACCGGGUUGGCAAGUGAAGUGCAAGAGGAGGUAAGGGCAAACCAUCGCAAAACCCUGCACUUGAGACCUUGA